AUGGGCAGAUCCAAAGAGAAGAUCAAGAGAUGCCAAAAGAACGCCACCCGGGAGAGCACCAGCACCCUGAAGGCCUGGCUCAACGAGCACAGGGAAAAACCCGUACCCGACCAAGUGACGCUGACGCAAGUCUCCACCUGGUUCGCCAACGCCAGGAGGAGGCUCAAGAAGGAGAACAAGGUGACCUGGGGCAGGAGCAAAGAGGACGGGGAAGAGAACUUGUUCGGCAGGCGGGGGACGAGGCGGAGAAGAACGAAGACCGAGGAGGAAAUCGAUUUGGAGAGCAUUGACAUCGACAAGAUCGACGACAACGACGGGGAUCAGAGCAACGAGGAUGAUGACGACAAAUCGACGGAGGGCAGCAGGGAGCACAGGGGUGGUUGUGGGUGCGGAGGUGGAGUUGACAGCUUGGAGAAAAGACGGGCCUUCGCCCUGCAGGCCCACGAGGCCUUUGAAAAAUCGAAGAGCACAAUUUCAGUACACGCAGGGAGUAAGGAGAGCUCGGACGGCAACAACAACAACACGACUAGAGUUUUGUCUCCGGACAGAUCCGGGAGCUUUCCUCUCCCGUCCAACAACAAGCCUAAGAUCUGGUCUCUAGCAGAGACCGCCACUAGCCCCGACACCUCAUCCCAGAAACCCUCGUCCCCCUGCGGCCCCGCGGCCACCACUCACCCGUCAGCCCCCCACCACCAGAUCCAGACCCACCCGGCCUUCCUCCCCAGCCACGGACUGUACACUUGCCAGAUUGGAAAGUUCCACAACUGGACGAACGGGGCCUUCCUGGGCCAGAACUCCCUGCUCAACGUGCGGUCGUCUGGAGUAAACCAGCACCAUCACCACCACCACAACCACCACUUGCCGACCCAGCAGCAGCAGCAGCAGCCGACGUCGGUGGUGGUGUCCCCGGUAGCAGCUGCAGCAGCGCUCAGCAAUGACAGCAAGGCCCAAGCAGAGACCCACAGUCCCAAACACAUAGAACAUGAAAACGGUGUAAGGUCUGUUUCACCUCCAACGCAGAUCCUGAAGUCUUCCUUUCGACCCAUCCAUGACAGAUCCUCUCUGCCUUCCAGCGCCAGGAGUCCACCGGACGCCACGCAACGCGUCCUCACUGCUCUCUCCUCGGCUUGA